UUGCCACUCGGCUGCCGUUUGCCAUUCGCACAAGUUGCAUGUUGAGGCGCGUUAAAUUCUCUUUUUGCUUUUUUUUUCGGCUGCCUUCGCAUUGUUAUUUUAUUUUCGGUUCGCGUGCGUUGUGCAUAUUUUAAAGUAGGCAUAACACAAGCUGUGACAGCGUGGGCGUGGCAACAAGUGCAUACAGAUCUAACCAUUGGCAAAUCGGGAUAAGACACGCCCCGUCCAAUUACCUGUUAACGUUAACAGGCUGCCCGUUGCUGACCCAACUGGCUUUGCGGGCGCACUCAUCUCUCAUCGACACACACCACCAAUACCAGCAACACAAUGGGCAAGAAGAACUCCAAAUUGAAGCAGGACACCAUUGAUCGUCUGACAACGGACACAUACUUUACCGAAAAGGAAAUACGUCAAUGGCACAAAGGUUUUCUCAAAGACUGCCCGAACGGUCUGCUGACUGAACAAGGAUUCAUCAAAAUUUAUAAGCAAUUUUUCCCAGACGGCGAUCCUAGUAAAUUUGCCUCGUUGGUGUUUCGAGUGUUCGAUGAGAAUAAUGAUGGAGCCAUUGAAUUUGAGGAAUUCAUACGUGCGCUGUCCAUAACAUCACGCGGAAAUCUUGAUGAGAAAUUACACUGGGCCUUCCGUCUCUAUGAUGUCGACAACGAUGGCUACAUAACUCGAGAGGAAAUGUACAACAUUGUUGAUGCCAUUUAUCAAAUGGUGGGCCAACAGCCACAAACGGAGGAUGAGAAUACGCCGCAGAAGCGCGUGGAUAAAAUCUUCGAUCAAAUGGAUAAGAAUCACGACGAUCGGCUAACCUUGGAAGAGUUUCGUGAGGGUAGUAAAGCUGAUCCACGUAUAGUGCAGGCGUUAAGUUUAGGUGGUGAUUAACCGCAGCAGUUGUAAUUCGCGAUUGUCAAAGAGUUGGAAGCAUGAAGCAAAGACAACGAAUUCGUGCACAAUAAAUACAAAUAUGGUUUGAUAUAUGCAUACACACACACACGUGCAUAUAUAUAUAUAUGUCCAUAUAUAUAUGUGUAUAGUAUAAAUGGUUAAGUACAUUCAACAACAAGCCAACACACACACAAACAGACCCUCAAAAUCCCACACACAAAUGUCAUGGCAAAUUGAAAGCGGAACUUGAAUUUUUGUUUGGCUGAAAAUUCAAUUAAAUUGCAAAUAUUUGAAACUAAAACAUAAACACGCAACAACGAUGAAAUAAAAUACAAUUAACAAUGCAACCCACAGAGGAAUGUUAUGCAAAAAUUCGUCAGAAAAAAAACUCUAAAAAUAUAUAAUAUAUAUUUAUAUAUA